AUGUCGACGACCCUCAAUCCUAAUCCCUCCCAGAAAAAAGUCUCUAAUCCCCGCCGUCUCCUCAUUCUCACUCCAACAACAGAGUCUUCACGCACGAUCCCGCCGUUGCUAACAGCGUUAACUGGCGUUGACGUGAACGAGAGCAGUCUUCCGCAAAUCGCCACCAACGACAGUCAACAUACUACUAUAGAAUUAGAACCACAAUUAGCAGAACCCACGACGAGGAUAUCCUUUGCCGGAUAUACCACCCAUGCACCGUUACAUAUCGAGACAAAGUACUAUACCGCCGACAUACCGAUAUGGGUCGACGAGAUCCCUGUACAAACAGAGCCCGAAGACGACGUUGUAGCCCCGGCAGCGGGAACUGAAUCCGCAACUGCAACUGCAACUGCAAAUCAAUGGAAAGCAGACUUCCUCUCCGACGAAGCGCAGAUCGUGCGCGACGCGAUUGGCGCGCUGAUGAUAUGCGUACGGAAUCCGGUGGGCGUGAGCAGCGCCGUGCCGAAGGAGGCGUACGACACGACCAACCCUGAAACUAGGUCAGAAGAAGAUAAAGAUGGGGAGAGGGAGAGGGAGGAUGUGCGAGUAAUCAAGAAUAUAGUACAGAUUAUCAGCGAUGUGAAGAGUAAGACGGAGGAAGAGCGGGAUGGAGGGAUGGGCGAGGUUCCGGGAUUGUUGGUGCUAAUGGGAGAUAAGUCUGCGAGGGAAGAAAAGAGAACGAGGGAGGAGGAAGAGGAAGGGGAUGAGGUCCAGCGGGUUGAGAAGUUUGGGGCUGUGUGGUGGGAGGAUGUGUUGUAUGAAAUGGGGGUGUUGGGGAUGGAAGUAAUUAUCUGGGAUCCGACGACGGGAUUAGCAGAGACUACGGCAAGGGACAAGAAGAGGAAUCAGUUUGGGGAGUUGGAGGGAUUGCCACGGGUUAAAGAGGUGUUGUCGGCGUUGGAAUGGGAGGACACGAGCCAUGGAGAUGGGUUGGGGUUUCUUGAUGACGACGAUGAGUCUGGGGGGUUGGAUGGGUUUGGAUUGGAAGUUGGGCAAUUAGAGCGGGAAAUGAUGGGGUUAAGAUUCGCCAUUAAUAAUCCAAACGAGGAUGACGAUGAUAUAGGAGAGGGGGAUAGAGAGGGGGAUACCGAGGUUCAAGUCGAAGAGCUCGAGGGAUUGAUGCUGCGGAUGAAAGCGAUCAAAGACAUGUCGGUAGAUCUGCCUGAAGCCCAGCGAAAAGCAUUCGCCGCGAAAGCCGUGAGAGAUAUCAUGCGGGAAUUGUAA